AUGCGCCUCCAUGUUAUGAAGCCAGGACAGGGGGAGACACAGAAUGAGCCCAGGACAUCCCCACCCACCGCGCAGGCUUGGACCCCCACCCAGUCUCCGGAGAAGAAGAUGUCCCGACUGCUGGAGUCCCCGGGCCAGGUGGUUUGCCAGGAGGAGCCCCGUAGGCCAUUGACCUCUCUUGUGUCACGCCGUGGGACGGGGCGUCGCCAUCGCGUCGUGAAGUGGCCGUUUUCCCCUGUGACUUACCGUAGUCACAAGUUGGUCCUGCCAGCCGCGGUCCCGGAGAAGAGGUUUGUUCUUUUGGUUGGUGACUCUCAUCUGCGUGCUUACGUUGAUGAGUUUGUCUCCAUGCCAGAGGGCAACCUCUCCUUUGGGUUUCUUGCAACCCCCGGGGCCUCGGCGGACGAGUUGAGGCGUGAGGUGCUGGGAGCAGUUCUGCCUCGGACCCCCGAGGUAGUCUGUCUUCUGGCACCCGGCAACAACUUGGAAGCCAGAAGGACCGUGCAGCAGUCGGGCGCGGACUUCGAGGGGCUGCUGCUUGCCGUCGGCAACCUCUGCCCUAACGUGGUUGUUGUGGACUUUCCUCCACGUCUAACCGUGGAGGAAGACCACCAACAGCUGCUCCGGCAGGAGUACCACCGUGUGGCUGCUCGGAGAAAUGUUCGCUACCUCUCGGUAGUUGAACAUUUCCCGCGGAGCUGCUUGGACAUGUGGAGCAGGGAUGGCGUUCACCUGAGCGACCAUCCUGGGAUGGAGGUCCUUGCUCAGUUGCUGUGGGAUGCGUCCUACACGCAACUUGAGUUAAGUGCACCGACAUCUCCAGCUCCACCUCCUGCUCCUGUGACGCCUCCUUCCCCCGUGGUGAGACGUUCCCCCCCUAGGCUGGUUGUGGUCGGCGAGGUUCCAGCUCCGCGUCCUUCGGACCCUUUCGCUUGGACUGUUGUCCGUGGUGGCCAGAGGACGUCGCGCCAGGUCCAGAGGGGUGAUGGCUCUCCACACAUCACUGGGAGGAUGGUUGACCAACAGGGAGACCUGCUGGACUCGACCAUUCCCCCGAAUCCUGUGUGGUUCAGCCCAACGGUGCUGGAGGAGAUGGACCGGAUCGUUCCUGCGUCUGGCCGUGACGCUCCGUUACCGACGCGUGCUCUGAAGGGGAAGAAGAAAGCCAGUGUGAGACGUCGUCCACGACCCGAUCCCUCCAAGCCGAGACCGGAGGAGCUGCAGGUGGAGGGAGCUCCGACUGAGAGGACCAGGCCAGCCCGUCGCCAGCCCAGGAGAGCCGCCCCCACGUUGGAGGUUGACGCCCCCGCCGAGUCCUCUCCCGCGCCUCUGGAGGACCAUGUCAGGGAUGACAGCUGCCAGGCUUCUUCGUUGGAACCCUGUGCCAGCGGUCCGCCUGUCCAGACUGUGAGAGCCACACAUUGCCAGGCUGACUACAGAUACGGUACAUUUUCCCGUAAUCACCAGUGCACCUGUAUGGCUCUGACAUUUUUAGCGUACCACAGUGAGGGGUUGCAGUGUGACACAGUCUUACUUGACAGAGUACUUGAGCAAGGAGAUGCACUUUAUGUUGGCAUUAAACAGCAGCUCAUGUUGGACGGUAGAUUUGUUGAUAAUCACUUGACAGUUGAAGAGAUGCCCCAACAAGUACUGACAGACGGGAACAUCUACUCUGUACACACAACGGGUGUCAGAGUUGGUCGUGUUUUGUGUCAGAAUGAUAGCCCUCAAAGGUCACAGCGAAUGGGAUUUCCUCUUGCCUCACAACUAGAGUGUCUGUCUGAAAAUGUCACCCAUGCUUUUCUUUUGGUGACUCCUGAGUGCAUUGCAGUUUUCCGGGACAGAGACGGUAGGUUUGGAGUUUUUGAUUCUCACUCAAGAAACUCAGCAGGCCUGCCCCAUCCUAACGGAACUGCAGUGGUCAUGACCUUUAGCAACCUAACGCUCAUGGUUGAACAUCUGUACAAACUCUUUCAGAACCGUGGCCCCAAUGCCACGUAUGAGUUUGUACCAGUAUCGUUUGUCAGCGACGACAUUGGUGAUGCCCCUCCUCCGGCCUUGAGCAAUCUGAAUAUUUCACCUGGAUCCACACAAGCAAGCCCAGGUGCUAAGAAAUCAGAGAGCGCUUCUGAUGAAGAGGAUGAAGAGGAAAUGCCAGCUUGGCUUGUUGAAGUUGGCCACAUAUUAGAGGAAACCGUCCCAACGAUGCCAGAUGUGUCCAAAAUGCCGAAAGCCAGGAGGAAAAAAGUAAAAGACAGGGUCAAAGCUCAGCUGGGACAGGAUGUAGUUAAAAAAAUGAAACAAAGAACAUCUGAGAAAGAAAAAUAUGAUACAUCGCCUACAUAUAAGGUAAAAAAAAUACGGGCAAUGAAACAAGCAUAUCUUCUUCAACAUGCAGAGAGGAAGAUCCAGUUAACUGCUAGAUACAAGCGUGAUGUUGCUUACCGAAGGAGACUAAUGGAAUAUGUGAAGAAAAGAUACAGCAACGAUCCCAACUACAAAGCCAGACAGAAAGCAUUUAUGAAGAAGUAUAUGAAGGAAAGAUACAGCAACGAACCCAACUUCACAGCCAGAAAGAAAACAUUCAUGAAGAACUAUAUAAAGGAAAGGUACAGCAACGAUCCCAACUUCACAGCCAGACAAAAAACAUUUAUGAAGAACUAUAUAAAGGAGAGGUACAGCAACGAACCCAACUUCACAGCCAGACAAAAAACAUUUAUGAAGAACUAUAUAAAGGAAAGGUACAGCAACGAUCCCAACUUCACAGCCAGACAGAAAAGACUUAUGAGGAUGUAUAUGAAGAAAAUGUACAGCAAGUUACAGUUCCGGGUGCAACAUAUUAAAAAAUGUGCUGUCAACAAGAGACUAAGGCUAUCAAAGAAGACACUUCCUCAAAAUACAAUGCUGCAGUGUGCAAUGAGAAUCAGGCGAAAAUACAGAAGGACUUUAGACUUUCUCCAAGGAACUCCACAGCCUCUGAUCAGCAACGAAAUGAAAGCUGCAAUUCUGAAAUUUCAAGAGAAAAUUCAACUUGGACCCACACAUGUCUGCACGGUUUGUCACAGAGCUCUUUUCCCGAGUCAAGUCAAGCAUUGUAACAGAGCCAAAUAUACCAAGAACAUUCGUGUGGAGGCCGAAUGCCUGACAGGUACGUAUGUUCACAUGUGUGACUCUGCAUGUUCCGCCCCGUGUUCUGUACCCAAAGAGAGGACUCAGGAGUGGAUCUGCUACACAUGUGACAGCUACGUAACCAGAGGAAAGAUGCCAUCAAUCGCUGCUGCCAAUCACCUGGACCUGGCACCGAUUCCCACAGAGCUUUCCCUAUUGAAUGUACUUGAGAGGCAAUUGAUUGCAAAAAUACUGCCUUUUGCCAAGAUUGUUUCAUUGCCCAAAGGACAGCAGAGAGCAAUUCAUGGAGCUGUUGUUUGUGUACCUUCGGAAAUGGAAACAAUCGUGAACUGUCUUCCCAGGCCCAGCACAGAAGCACAGCUUUUACAGGUUAAGCUGAAGAGGAAAAUUAAAUACAAAGGAUACCAAUACUUUUACACAGUAAACAUGGAAAAUGUUUUGGCUGCACUCAGAAAGCUUAAAGAGACCCACCCGGAUUACAAGGAUGUAAAUAUAAAUGAAAGUGCAACAUUUGAGGAUUUCCAGGACGACCAACCUGUUGAGGAAUCAGAAACCCAAGCAGAGGAUGCAGUCACAGACCAACCUGACCACAUAGGGGAAGAACAUCAGGCUCUUCGACCGGGUCUGAUCUUGGACACUUGCAUGCAGCCACCUGACAUAGCACAGGAAGUGCUCUCCUAUGGAGAUGGAAUUUUUAGUGUCGCUCCCGCCCAAGGAAACAAACCCGUUGGCUUCUUUACUGUUCCAAGGCUGGAAGCCAAGGCUUUUCCUGUGCAGUUCCCCACUGGCCAAAACACGUUAGACGAAGCCAGACGAGUUAUACUGUCACCAAGUAUGUAUUUCAAUGUCAGGCUUUUCUCUGUAGACACUCGAUUUGCCAAAGACCAGAGUUAUCUUUUCUUUGCUCAGUUUGUUACUGAGACUCAUAUGGCCAACAACAGCAUGUCAAUUCAGUCAAGAAAAGGCAAAGCCCGGAGCAAAGAAGGACAAAACAUUUCCAGCAAGAUGCUACAGGACAAAGAAGAGUUAGAAAAACUAAUCCAAAAUAAAGAGGCCACUCGUUUUAUGCAACCCCUAAGAGGAACUCCAGCUUAUUGGGAGAAAGGUUUGCGCGAUUUGCACGCCAUGGUGAGGCAGCUGGGAAAGCCAACCUUCUUUUGUACCUUCUCUGCUGCUGAAAUGAGAUGGCCGGAAGUCAUUGAGGCCAUCAAAGCUCAACACGGAGAGCAGGUCAACUUCUCAGAGCUCGACUGGAACACCAAGUGUGACAUUCUUAGGAGCAACCCUGUUACUGUGAUGAGAAUGUUCUCCAAGAGGGUGGAUGCUCUCUUCACAGAUCUCAUUUUGUCCCCUGCGCAGCCCAUCGGACCAGUUGAGGAUUACUUUUAUCGUGUGGAAUUUCAAGCAAGGGGUUCCCCGCAUAUACAUUCUGUGAUAUGGAUUAAGGAUGCACCUGAGAUGGAGGACCCCUCAUGUUGUGACCAAGUCAUCAAUUUCAUCGACCGUUACAUAUCCUGUCAGUUGCCCGAUGAAACCACAGACCCUGAGCUCCACAAAAUUGUAACGGAGGUUCAAAUGCACAGCAAAAAGCAUUCCAAAUCAUGCAAGAAAGGAAAUGUGCAAUGCAGAUUUGGAUUUCCCAAACUACCCAUGGACCGCACCAGAAUCACAGCCCCUCUCUUAUUCGACUUUGAAAAUGAUUGUGAUGAAAAAGCUAAGCAAUCCAGACAAAAGGAUGUCCAGAAGAAGUCCAGAAAAUCGAAGCCAAUAAUCAUCUCAAACCAACAAAGAGAAGCAAAGAGGAAGCUGAAAUCAAUAAGGGAUUUGCUCAUGGAUCAAAAAUCUUCUUUCAAGGAUUUGCCAGAAUUACUCCAGGCUUGUAAGAUGACCAAAGAAGAAUACAACCACUAUGUGGAUGCUCUGACUUCUGGAAUGGUAGUGAUGAUGAAGCGUGAUCCCAAAGACAGCUGGGUGAAUGGAUACAACCCGGAUCUCCUGCGUGCUUGGAAUGCUAACAUGGACAUUCAGUAUGUGAUCGAUGAGUACAGCUGUAUUGAGUACAUGAUGUCCUACAUAGCCAAGCCAGAGCAUGAAAUGGCGCAGUUCCUCAAAUCCAUUGUCGAGGAUCUAAAGAAGUCCGAUAUCAACCAACGGGACGAGAUGAAAAAGAUCAUGCAGGCCUAUUCAAAACAGAGAGAAGUUAGCGCUCAAGAGUCAGUAGCCCGUACAUGUAGUCUACCCCUUAAAAAGUCAUCACGCAGUGUCAUUUUUAUCCAAACUGAUGAAGACUGUGUGAAAAUGAGCCUUCCCAUGAGCAAACUGAUGAACAUGGCCCCAGAUGAAGAGAAUGUUUGGAUGACAGGAUUGCCUGAAAAAUAUCUCAACAGACCUGAAACGUUAGAAUUUCAACACAUGUGCCUGGCGGAAUUUGUGUCGGAAUACAGGGUCCUUUAUGGAAAACAAAUUGAAGGACCAAAUGCAAUCCCCCUCCUAAAUGAUGCCGGAUACAUCCAGAAGAGAACAAUGGGCAAACCAGCAGUUAUCAGAUUUACCCGUUUCUCAGAGAAGAAAAGACCAGAAAAGUUUUACAGACGGCUUCUGAAGUUGUACUUUCCACACAGAAGAGAUGAGGACCUGAAAAAUGAGGAACACACAACUUACAAAGCCUUUUACGACAAUGGACUCUGUGGUAGCUGGCAAGUUAAACAGUACGUUGAGUGGAACCGCAAAAGAUACGAAGGUGAAGGAAAGAAAAUCGACAAGAUUAUGGAAGAACUGACAAAGCAAGGACCGGUUCGCAAUGCUUGGAACACUUUUGCUCCUGAAGUUGAGUUGGACCGUUUGGAAUGCGUAGCGGAGCGACCCUCAAUCGAUGAAAGUGAAGAACAAGACCCUGUCCCAGAAUACCAAGUUGAUGUCAACAGUGGAGCCAUGCCAGCAAUCGAAAUACCCAAAUUGAGCCCUGAUUUUAUUAGACAAAUGUACCGUAGUUUAAAUGAGACUCAAGCGUCCAUGUUUUACGCCAUUCGCCAUUGGUGUCUGCAACGUGUCUGGGGUCAAAAUCCAGACCCGUUCUUUUAUUUUUUGACUGGAGGGGCGGGCUGUGGCAAGUCUCAUGUUAUCAAAUGUGUUUACCAGGAAGCAACCAAGCUCUUGCGCCAGCUUCCCAGAUUUCGCGAUAUUGGUGACAUGUCUCAGCCCACGGUACUCCUCACAGCUUUUACUGGAACUGCAGCUUACAACAUCUCAGGCAAGACUUUACAUUCAGUUUUGAAGCUACCCAAAAGCUUAAAGCCACCAUACAAAGGACUUGGAAAUACACUGGAUGAAGUGAGAGCCGUUCUUUCCAAUGUAGAAAUCUUAAUCAUUGAUGAAAUCUCCAUGAUCUCCAAAGACUUGUUUUCAUAUGUCCACUGGAGAUUUCAACAAAUCAAGGGAAACACAAGACCAUUUGGAGGGAUUUCUGUUUUGGCUGUGGGAGAUUUCUACCAGCUGCCACCAGUAGGAGGAGCAAAACCUCUUUGUGUCACUGAGGCCGGCGUCCUUGAUAUCUGGAACGAAAAUUUCCACAUGGUCAGUCUGACGGAAAUCAUGCGACAGAAAGACGACAGAGCAUUUGCGGAGCUCCUGAACCGGAUUAGAGUUAAAGGGAAAGCAGAUUUACUCAGCGACGGCGACAGAUCUCUCUUAACACAAACUAUUACCGACCCCAAAGAGUGUCCAAUGGACGUGCUGCAUGUUUUUGCCACAAACAAAGAGGUGGACGCUCACAAUGCAGCAGUUGUGGCUUCUUUAUCAACAGUAAUAGUUGAUGUUCAGGCAGAGGACUACAAGAGGGAUACAAAAACAGGAAACAUGACAAAUCUAGGUAGCUGCGUCAAAGCCAAGAAACGAGAUUUGCCUGACAAUCUACAAGUCGGAUUGGGAAUCAGAGUCAUGAUCAUAAGAAACCUGAACGUAGAGGAUGGUCUUGUCAAUGGAACCUUUGGCACUAUUGCAGAUAUCAUCACCAGGACUAAAGAUGGAAACAGAACCGUGAAAUUAAUAGGACUGAAACUGGAUAGUCCCACAGCUGGCCACACCAAAAAAAUCAAAGGGAAACCAGACAACUUUGUUUACAUCGAGAGAUUUGAGGAACAAACCAGCAUAAAAGGAGUUGUUCGACAUCAGUUUCCAAUCAAGUUGGCGUUUGGAUGUACAGCACACAAAGUACAAGGGAUGACCAUGAAGUCUGCAGUUGUUUCUUUGAAGAGAGUUUUUGAACACGGAAUGGCAUACGUCGCCCUCAGUCGCACAACUUCUCUGGAAGGACUUAAAAUCAUUGAUUUGGACGAGAAUAAGAUCUACGCCGAUGAAAAUAUCAGAGCAGCUAUGGAUUCGAUGAGAACAGCAUCGUUCUCAAACGCCAGACCCCUCUUGAAUUUUCAAUCACGUCAUCAAAGUGCAACUUUAAGAAUUAUUCAUCACAACGUCGAAGGUCUCAUCUCUCAUUCUGAGGACAUGAAACACCAUCAUGAACUCAGAUUGGCAGAUAUUUUAUGCCUUACCGAGACUCAUUUAUUUGGAUCUUCUGCUCCAGCUUGUUGCCAAAUGGAGGGUUAUUGUUUCUUUUCACGCAACAGACAUGUUUCUUAUUCCAACCGAGUGGACAUGUCUACCAAAGAGGGGGGAGGAGUCGCCACUUACUGCAGGAGUCUUCUACAACCCCAGGAGCGGAGAUACUUUCACAAUGUUACCGAUCUCGAAUACAACGUUGUGAAAGUGGAUGCGCCGAUCACAGCCCUCAUUGCCACGGUUUACAGGCCACCAAGUUAUGAUCUAGCUACGUUUUUGACAAACAUGGAAAAUCUUUUGGAUGGCCUGAAUUCAAUGGAUAUUCAGCCAGUUGUGGUAUUGGGAGACUUCAACGAGGACCUCCUCUCUCCGGGGAAAAAAGCAAUCAAGGAGUUGUUUGGAAGCAAAGGAUUACUCAACUCAUCUCGGAUCCAACAACGGAAAGGCAGACUCUCAUUGACCACAUUUACAUUUCUCAGCCAGAAUAUUGUGUUCAGUCAGGUGUGUUGCAGACUUAUUACAGUUACCACAACCCUGUAUAUUGCAUUUUGGCUUCAUUUUCAGCUGCAUCUUCACCAUGACUUGAGAGGAGGGCUGGGAAACAAAUUACACUAGGACAAUAGUCCUGUCAUUUUUAAUGGUACUCCAUCUUAGGUAAAAACACCAAAGUGAGAACAAAUAAUCAGAAUCAAAUGUCCUCAAUGAUUCGCUUGGAUACUGGAAAUCCAGUUGAUGUAUUUAAAGGGUAAUAAGAAUAACGGUGUCGGCUGACGGCCUGUACAGGUCCAGUAACGGCUGUGAAGCUUAUUGCUCAUGAAUACUUCAACUUGAGAUGACCACAGUACUCCAUUUGAGGCACCGAGUGGUCACCUAGGAUACCCCUGGGAUAUUGUAAGAAAGUGAAUGUAUUUAACAGCUAAUAAGAAUAGCGGUGUCGGCUGACGGCCUGUACAGGUCCAGUAACGGCUGUGAAGCUUAUUACUCUUGAAUACAGCUACUUCAGACGACCACUGAACUAAUUUGGAGACCAGUGCAUUUUUGAAACAUUUUAUUUAACUCCCCUAGAGAACCUGCUAGAGCUCUCUAGUAUUCUUUUUAUUUUCCUUUUUUGGUUUUCUUUCUGAUCAUGAGCCAAUGCUCCAGUCUGAUGGAGCAGUUUUUUCCACACUAUGGACAUUCUCCACUCCGCUCUGUUUGCUUGGCCAUUAUGUUAAUUUGCUUUGAGUGGAAAGAACCGUUUUUUGCCCAGUUUUAGUAAGUUUUUGCAGGCUUGAGAGCAUGCAACGCACGGCAUGACUCAUGAGGGUUCCAAGAAGAGAUGGAGGAAGCUGGACCUGGUCGAUUUGCAGAGCGGCCCAUCAUACGUCACCAAGCGCAGGACACCCCAACCCACCUGGCAGCCUUGAUCUUCCAAGCAGU